GCAGGAAUGCAGGUCUUAGUGUAGCAGCAAGCAGCAACAGGUCGGCCUCCUGAACGGGAGUCAGAGGAGAGGACUCUGCAGAGGCUGAGAUCAGGACGGAGCGAGGACCUCCGAGGUGUCCUCAUUCUGGGCAGGUCAUGGAGGCGCUGCCGGACACCUGGAGGAAGGAUCUUUAUGUGUCUCAGGGAGCCGUGGACAGCUCAGUGGACAUGGACCGCCUGAACAGGAACAUGCCCGAGUGUGGACUGCAGACCCACCAGGUGUUAAAGAGCACUGCGCUGGACCUGAUCGAGAGCGGGAAAGGACUGAAGUUCCAGGCAGAGCGCCCCCACCUGGUCAGUCUGGGUAGUGGACGCCUCAGCACCGCCAUCACCCUGCUGCCCCUCCCCGAGGGACGGACCACACUGGGUCACGGCAACAUGGACAUCAGCAUCCAGGGCCCCGGAGUGGAGGCCCAGCACUGCUACAUCGACAACAGGUCAAAGGUCAUCACGCUGCACCCCUGUGGGAACCUCUGCAGCGUGGACGGGCUGCAGGUCUCACAGCCGGUCCGCCUGUCUCAAGGCUGCAUGCUGUGUUUUGGCCAGUCGGCCUUCUUCCGCUUCAACCACCCCGAGGAAGCCUGCAGGAUGAAGAGCAUGUUGCCCCACGGCGGAGGCGUCUCCACCGGGGACUACCGACUGCGUCCAGACACGGAGAGCUUCGUCAAUGGGAACCACCGGGCCGGUCCGGCCCCGCCCCCCCCGGCUCCCGGAGCCAGAGCCCAGUCGGAGCACAGCGCCAUCGUCAGCUCCAUCGAGAGAGACCUCCAGGACAUCAUGGACUCGCUAGCGAUGGACGACCCCCAGCCGUCGAAGCCCCCCCCGCGCUCCUCCCUCUUGUCGCCCGUGCUCAACGGCGGGGGGCGGUACCUGCUGUCCCCGCCCGCCAGCCCCGGGGCCAUGUCCGUGGGGUCCAGCUAUGAGAACGCAUCCCCGCCCUUCUCGCCGCUGUCCUCACCUUCGGGGGCCAGCAGCGGGGGGUUCACCAGCCCGUCCCCCGGCGGCCCCCAGGAGCAGAGCUUGUCUCAGCCGCCGGUGCCCUUGCGCUCCUCCAGCUACAACUUCACCGCGCAGCCGCCGCCCAUGCCCCAUCCGCGGAGCGCCCUGAAGGUCCAAGAGAGCCCCAGGCUGCAGAGGAGGGUCAUGAAAGAGGCCCCUCAGAGCCCCAAGCCGGGCCGCAGGGGCCUCGGCCAAGAGGGGCCCGAGAGCCCCCGGCUUCUGUCCUCCAGCGAGUCGCUGAGCGGCAGAACCGCCGCGCUGAGCAGCCCCCGCCCCGCCAUCAAGUUCCCCGCCUGCCCGUCCCCCCCCGGUCACAGGACCAAGACCGCCACGGUGCUCCAGGAGAGGCCAGCCAGCCCCUUCAGAGACUGGACCGGCCCGGCCGACUGCCCCCCCGGGCAGCUCUCCCACCCCUCCAGAGCCUUCCAGCCCCCCCUGGACCCCAUCGUCCACAUCAUCCAGGGAUCUCCGCUCCAGCAGCAGCAGCCCCCCCGCCUGCUGCAACCCCCCGAGAGCCCCCGCACGCCCCGCAAAAACACGGAGCUCAACGGCGGCGGCAUGAGGGAGCUGCCCCCCCUCAGCCCCUCCAUGGCCCGCAGGGGGGUCCCGGGAGCGCUGCCCACCCUGAGGACUCCAGACAGUCCCUCCAGUUUGGGCAAGUUCCUGAUCCCAGAGAGUCCCAGGCUCCGGCGCAGGGCCGGCUCCGCCUCUGAGGAGCCGGCGGGGGGCCGGGGGGUCCUCGCGCGCAGCCCGUCGCCGACGAUGGAGGUCGGCGGGGGGGGCGGAGCCCGCAAGGCCAGCUUGGGGAAUUCCCUGUCGCCCGCCUACAGCCUGGGCUCACUGCCCGGCUCCUCGCCCGCGGCGAGCCCCCGGAGCCGCAGGAAGGCGUCCGGUGGGAGGCCGCACCCCCCCAUGAGGGAGAGAAAGAACAGCAUCUCGGAGAUCAGCGACAACGAGGACGAGCUGCUGGAGUACCACCGGCGGCAGAGGGAGGAGCGGCUCCGGGAGCAGGAGAUGGAGAGGCUGGAGAGACAGCGUUUGGAGACGAUCCUCCACCUGUGUGCCGAGUACAACAAGGGAGAGACCUCCUGCGACCCUCUGCCCUCCGGUAGCACCGGUUUCCCCGGCGGGCCGUCCAACGACAACGCCAUAGGAGGCCCCGCCUCCUCCGCGGCGGGGGGGCUGCACCUCCUGCAGAGGCAGCGGGAGAGCGACGAGGAGAACCUGAAGGAGGAGUGCAGCAGUACGGAGAGCACCCAUCAGGAGGUGAGGACGUCGGCGCUGCACGCCAAAGACGGACAGCACGAGGACUCCUCCGGUCUGGAGCUGAGCUACCUGGAGGAGGAGCGCGUUCGGGUCCUCGCUCGGAUCGACGAACUCAAGAGCCGACUGACGGAGCUGGAGCAGCAACUCCAGGAGGCCAAGCAAGAGGCGGAGAUGGAGCGUGCCUUGCUCCAGGGCGAGAGGCAGGCGGAGCUCGACCAGAUCGAGGCCGAAACCGACAUCAUCACCCAGCUGCAGCGCAAGCUGGACGAGCUGGAGAGCGCCAUCCAGAGGGAGAAGGAGAAGGAGAGGGCUAAUGUUGAGGCCGAGCGUCGGGCCCUACGGGGCCUCCAGGAGGUCUACGCUGAGUUGGAGAACCAGCUGCAUAACUGUCCUGAGUCCCUGCGGGAACAGUUGCAGGAGCAGCUCAAAAGGGACGGAGACGCGUUGGAAACGGGAACCAAGAAGUUUGAGGACCUGGAGUUCCAGCAGCUGGAGAGAGAGAGCAGCCUGGAGGAGGAGAGAGAGACCAUCAGCCAGCAGCUGCUGCAGGAGAGAGCCGAGUACCACGGCAGCGUGUCCCGCAGGAAGGAGAAGGUGUCGGCUCUGGAGAACCAGGCCGGCCAGCUGGGCCUGCAGGCCACCCAGGAGUACGAGCGGCUGGCCGGCGACCGCGGCCUCGCGCUGCAGAUGCUGCACAAGGAGAAGGAGCGGCUCUCGGCCCUGGAGAAGAGGUACCACGGCCUGACGGGGGGGAGGAGCUUCCCCAAGUCCUCCACUGCCAUGAGAGAGGAGUAUGUGACAGUGGGAGAGUUGAGUCCGAUGUACGGGAUGCCGAAGGUGGAGUCGUCCCCAACGUCCCCGCUACGCCAGCCCCUGCAGUCCGGAGUGGGAGACCCUGUCUUCUCCCACCUCCCCUCCCCCCACGGCUCCUCCCUCUCUCUGUUGAUGGAGUACCCGUCUGAGGGCAGUAGGCCCCCCCUCCCCAAGCUAGACUUAGAGCAGUGGUACCAGGAGCUGAUGUCCGGCUCCGGUCCGCUCGGACCCCCCUCCCUGCCGGCCACGGCGCUGUCGGGUCGCAGACCCGCGCUGCAGGUGUUCCGCUCCAAGCUGGACAGCGAGCCGUCCCCCCCCCUCCACGGGCCCCGGUCUGGCUCUGCGUCGCCUCUUCAGCACGGAGCAGCGACGCUGGGACGCACCUGCAGCCCAAAGAGCCCCCUGCUGGCGGCCAACAGCACCGGCAGUCUGCCCAGGAACCUGGCGGCCACCCUGCAGGACAUCGAGGCCAAGAGACAGAUCGCUCUGCAGCAGAAGGGGCACCAGGUGAUCGAGGAGCAGCGGCGCCGUCUGGCCGAGCUCAAGCAGCGAGCGGCGGUGGAGGCCCAGUGUCAGUGGGAGGCGCUCCGAGGCUCCCAGUCCCAACUGGUGGCGUCGUCCACCUCGCCGCCCUCCUACUCCCCCGGCGCCGCCUACGGCUUCGGCCCCCCACCCCUGGUCCACCACUCCAUCCUGCACCACCAGCCGCCGGCGGCUGGCGAGCAGCCGUACGACACGCUGAGCCUGGAGAGCUCGGACAGCAUGGACACCAGCGUGUCCACGGGGAACAACUCGGCCUGCUCGCCCGACUACAUGUCCAGUGUUGGAGGAGCGGACGCCGCAAAGAUCGAGGAGAUGGAGAAGAUGCUGCGGGAGGCGCAGAUGGAGAAGGCCCGACUCAUUGAAUCGCGGGAGCGAGAGACGGUGGCUCGCCGCCACAUGCUGGAGGAGGAGCGCCGGAGGAGGGAGGACGCGGAGAAGAGGCUGCAGGAGGAGACCUUCCAUCGUCAGCAGCUAGUGGAUAAAGAGGUGAAGAUGAGAGCCAAGAACUUCUCCCAGGCCCGUCCCAUGACGCGCUACCUGCCCAUCAGGAAGGAGGAGUUCGACCUGCGCUCUCACGUGGAGUCGUCCGGUCACAGCGUGGAGACCUGCUACCACGUCCUCCUCAACGAGAAGGUGUGUCGGGGCUACCUGGUGAAGAUGGGGGGCAAGAUCAAGUCCUGGAAGAAGCGCUGGUUCGUGUUCGACCGCCUCAAGAGGACCUUCUCCUACUACGUCGACAAACACGAGUCCAAGCUGAAGGGGGUGAUCUACUUCCAGGCAAUAGAGGAGGUCUACUACGACCACCUCCGCAGCGCCACCAAGAGGGGAUUUUUCAACCUGAACGUGAGCAGUAGCCCGAACCCCUCCCUGACCUUCUGCGUGAAGACCCACGACCGGCUCUACUACAUGGUGGCGCCCGCCGCCGACGCCAUGCGCAUCUGGAUGGACGUGAUCGUGACCGGAGCCGAGGGGUACACGCAGUUCAUGAACUGACCCCCCCUCCCCUCCCCAUGGGGGGGCACACAGCGCCUUUAUUUUGUUACGGUUACUUUUCAAAUCUCACACUUUGAUGUUUUUGUCUCCACAUUUUCUAUGUGAUUGGAUUGAAAAAGGGAGACAACACACAUCUGUAUAUAAACCAAAAUGUAUAACUGUCAAAGACUUUUAAAAAGCUUUUCUAUAUUUGCCAAAUGGAGAUCCUUUAGUCACCGUUUGUUCAACCUUUUUAUAUUGUUUCCUUUUUUUUUUUUUACUUGGAGAAAAUUGCCAAAUGACAUGAUGCCAAUGUUUAGUUUUGACUGUUAAGUUCAGACAGUUCCAAUCAAGUUGUACGAUUGAGAAAUAUAUUUGAAAUGGACUUUUAAAAUGUGUGAGAAGAGGAACAAUAGAAACCGACUGAGGUCCACGUCGCCUCCCUGCUGCUCUCUGACCUGCAGGACUCUCCUGCGUCGUGUUGCGUUCACGCCGGUUCACCAAAGCGCCACCGCGGCCACAUCGCCGGCUUGUUGUGCUCAGUUUUCACUGUUACGUGAAAAGACUCAUUUUAUGAAUGAAUAAAUCCGCGUGACCCGACAUCGUACUAAAUAGCGCAAAGGAGACGGUUAGCUUAGCAUAAAGACUGGAAUAUAAAGCUCUGUAAUAAAAAUGUCAUUUGUUUGAACUAAUAAUGACGAGUUGUGAUUUAGUUGGCGGUUUUGUGUUGAGGUGAUGUGUCUCCCUUUAUGCUAAGCUAACAGUGUCCUCGCUAUAGCUGCUUUUGCGCCAAGAGUUGAAUAUAGCAGCAAUACCACUCUUAUUUAAUGCUAAAUAUUAAGCUAGAGCCUUUGGACAGCUAGUUUAGACUUCAUUUAGGGACGUAGCUUUGUCUUCUAGCUAAAGCCGCUGCUUUUCCCUCCUAGUAAACCGUAGACAUGGUAUUGACCUUGAAUCCUUCUAGCAUAACGUUAGCACUAGGCUAACCAAAUAUCAGGACGGUGUUGCUUUGGGGAUUACGCGGUUUGAUUGCUAGCACUAUUGAAUUAUAUUUAGUUUUUCAACAGUACGCAACUUUAUCGCGGAUCAGUCGGGCAGACGUGACGUUGGCGCUCUGUCAGUCGCGGACUAGAAACGUCUGUAAGAGUCGCAGCUCCGGUCGUAUUGACCGAAGCGGUUUCCAUCAACAAGACUCUUCCAGGUACGAGCGAGCGCUCCGCCUCGCUGUCCCCACGGAAACGGUUAAAAACGUUGAUUCCAAAAAACACAUGAAAAUGGAAGUUAAUGGUAACAAUUGUUUUUCUCUUUAGGAAGUGACCCUUGUUUCCUUUAGGUUCGUGCUAAGCUAGGGGCUAAGCUAGGGUUGGCAAGCAAAACAUUACCUGCCAAUAAAACUAGCGGGUUCUCCGGGUCCGCCGGCGCCCACGUUCAGACCGCCGAGUACCAACAGGACAUUAAAGCCAAGUCGACUUCACAGCGUCAGGCCGCUAACCACCAGAUGGCAAACGGGCUGAACUGGUCAGCCAGCGCAGGACGGCUACAACACGCUAAUCCACAAAGUAACCACAUUUACCAAUUGAAGGAUGCCGAAAUAACGACACGAUACAGAUUUACAAAUAGUCUGAUUGCUCGUCUUUCUGAUAAAGGUGAAGCACAGACGGCCCAUGUUUACUGAAUGGAGCGUAAAUAGGUCAAUGCUAGGCUACGCUAAUGUAGCAACUCAAGAAAAAAGACUGAGGGCAACAACAAAAAAAUAAUCACAUUUCUCAAAGUCUUAAUUUUAGAUGUCAAAAUAAAUAUGAUGCCAAUUACUCUUUGGAAGUUUGGUACAAUAUACACGUACAUAAAUGUGGUCGUUCGCCUUAUUACUUCGAUGUAUGUUUUCUGAAUUGUGACUCCCGACUGCGCCGGUGAACUGACAGUAUUGAUCGGUCGUUGUUUUAUCAGAAGCGGAGGACGACACUAAUAUUCUGAGCAUGUGGAAGUGUUGGUACAGUAAUUAUUAUUUAUGGUUGUGGUGCCUGAGAUAGUGACAUGUUUACUUCUUUAAAAAAAAGUUAAAAAACAACGUUAAUAUAUUCUGCCCCCCAAAACCAAACUAUUGAACACUGGCAAGGCUGUUAAAUCGUUACCGUGGUGAUCUGUGUCGAAGAAAAGGGAACUUAAAUGUACUGAAAAAGAGGCUGCCUGGAUGAAAAAAAGAAUCACUGUGCUAUUGAAAUGAAACAGUAUUGUAUUAAAAGAGAAACAAAUCAUACUUAUUUUUGUCAUUGUGUGUCACGGUACAUUUCAAAUGGUAUGGUAGUGAUGCAUCAAUCUACCUUUGUUUUUUUUAAAGUGGUACAACACACGACUUGUUUUAUUCCUAGAAGGUAGAUCCUGUCACACAAUACUGGACCAGACUGUGUGUGCGGUUCCCCGUAUGAAUAACGUGGACUUUGUCAAAUCUAUUAAAGAGAAACAAAACA